CCAUCCGGGUGGAGCUCUCCCUGGCUGAGUCAAUUCACAGAAUUCCUGCUUAGGGCUGGACAGCCACGCUGAAACCAGGCUGGGGGCUCAGAAAGGAUCAAGGGACCCGGCAGGGCCCACGGCAGGACAGUGGCCAGUGGGGGCAGUGAUCUCAGCACCAGGAUGUCUGCAGAAGACCGGAGACUUAUGUGUGAGAUUGCAUUAAAACUCUUCAAGGAACAUAAAGUCGAUAUUUCACAUGCAAUAAAAACAAUAUUUCCUUUCUUUGAGAAGCUUCGUGACUGUGGAUUGAUCACCAAUGAAAAGUAUGAAGAGUCUAGAAAAUCUUGCAAAAACCAGGUACCUGUACCGAAGGUGGUGUAUGAUGUUUUCAGUGAACUGGAAGAGAAAUAUCACCUGCCACUUCUGGAAAUCUUGUUCAACAAGGUCAUCAUGAACAGCUACCCAGAUUUAAAUGGCAUUCACAAAGGCUUCAGAGAUGAGAUCCAAAAGAAAAUUUUUCACCAAGAAAGUGAUGAAGGAAAGAGUGCAGACAACCCUAAUAUCCAACUAAAGCUUGUACAAGGAACUGGUGAAAACUCAUCCUCAAGUCUGUCCUGGCUCUUCCCGGAUCUGUCCAGUUGUACAGUGAUCAGCAUUGAGGCCUCCGCAAAAUUUGGUGAUGGAGACAAGCUUGCCCUCCCCCAAGCCUCUACCUCAGCACUGACAAGGGAACCUGAGUCUAUGGAUUUAAGAAAAUCACCUACAUCUGGAAACAUACGUUUCAAAAGAGUGAGAAGUCCUGAAGGGUCUUCAGGGUUCAGUGCACAGGAGAAGCGCCCAGAAGCCGGGAGCUCUGCAGUGAGAGGUGGUGCUGACCAGCAGGGUCCUUUGGAUCUUGGAAAAUCCCCUACUUCACCAAAAGCCAAGAAAAAAAGAUGGCUAAAAAAGCAUGAAGGAGAAUUUGUGGAUUUUCGCUCUGAAAUACUUCCUGUGACCUGUGGAGACAUGAAAGGCAUGUUACAUAAGAAAAAGUUGGAAGAAGGAUCCACGGUGAAGUGCAUAAAGACAGAGGAUGGAAACUGGUUCACCCCCCAGGAAUUUGAAGCUGCAGGGAACUAUAAAAGUUCAAGAAAUUGGAAGAACACUGUGCGCUGUGGUGGGAAAACCCUAAAACGGCUGAUGGAGGAGGGAAAGCUACCUAUACCACCAACAAUGUACAGCAAGAAAAAAAAGCUUGAAAAGCCACAGGCAUGUGAGGUCUGCCACAAUGGAGAAGAUCUCUUCGGCUGUGAUACUUGUUCAAGAUUCUUUCAUGGGGACUGUCACAUCCCACCCGUGCAGAAUGAGAGGCCUCCCAGGAGCCCAUGGAGUUGCACCUUCUGCAGGAUAAAGGAGUCUUCAGGAAGUCAGCAAUCUCAUGGGGAAUGGGAAGUCCUGGCAAUGACGAUGGGGCCUAAGGAGCAGCUGAAAUGUGAGUUCCUCCUCUUGGAGAUCUACUGCCACUCAGACAAUAUCUCUCUUGAGCAAAUGGAACAAGAUACGCAUAGUGUGGAGGCUUAUCGAGGCAUGGAUAAUUUUAUGCUGCUGCAUAAGAUAAAGAAGAAUCUAAAUGAGCGGCAUUACCCCAAAGUGGGCAGCUUUAUGAAGGACAUGCGCCUCAUCUUUCAGAAUCACAGGGCAUUUAAUAAAAAUCAUGCCUUGUACUUAAUGGGAAUCGACCUGGCGGAGGAAUUUGAGCAGAAUUUUAGGAAAGUGUUUGCUACCUCAGCACCGAAAAUGAAACCUGGUACUGUGGAUCUUAGAGAAACGUCUACUCCACAAGAAGCCAAGAAAAAAACAUGGACAGGAGAGCAGCCAGGUGUGCCUGUGGAUUUUCAAGCUGAAAUACUUCCUGUGACUUGUAAAGAGAACAUGGGGCUGUUAAUUAAGAGGAAAUUGGAACGAGGAGCCACAAGGAAGUGCAUAAGAACUGAAGAUGGAAACUGGUUCACCCCCAGGGAGUUUGAAAUCAGAGGAGGCUACGGAACAGCAAAUAACUGGAGGAACAACCUGACCUGUGGUGGAAAACCCCUAAGACUUCUGAUAGAGCUUGGAUUUAUCCAUCCACCUCCCAUUACAAAAAAGGUGGAAAACUCAGGCACAUGUGUGAUCUGCCAGGAUGGAGGAAAGCUCGUUGGCUGUGGUACUUGUCCCAGAGUCUUUCAUGAGGGCUGUCACCUCCCACCUGUGGAGAUUAGAAGGAAUGCUUGGAAGUGCACAUACUGCACAAUAGGAAACCCUCCAAUACAGCAACAUUACAGGGAAUCUGAAGUCCUGGUGAAGGUUAUGGGGCCUGAAGAGAAGCUGAAAUGUGCAUUCCUCCUCUUAAAUGUCUAUGGCCCUUUAGAGAGCAAAGUUUUCCCAAAUAUUCCACAUGAAAAUUAUGUUGAAGAGGCUUCUCGAUGCCUAAAGAAACUUAGGAAGUUGGAC